AUGUUCACCGUACCCGGCUGGAACGUCUCCGCGCCAAUUGCGGCGCAGGUGGCGCAGGCGAAACCCCAGGACCCGAACAAGCUCGGCAAGAAGGCACAGAAACGGAAGAGGGCGCAGGAAGAGCAGCAGGUUAACACUGAGGACCUGGGAAAGCUGUGGGAGAAGGCCGAGGCGCAAAAAGCCGAGGCGCCCACGAUAGAGAAGCCGGACACAUCAAAGACACCGAACAAGAAGAGGAAGCGCGGGCCCAGGAAGAAUGCUGCAACAAAGGAGGCUGCUGCCAAGGCCGCCGAAGAAGGAGAGACUGCGCCCGCGCCAGCAGGACCCAAGACGGCCGACCCCGAGUCGAAGCGCUCCAAGAAGAAGCAGAAGAAGGAGCACAAAGCUCAGAAGGCCGAUCAGGCAGAGCAGGCAGACGAGACAGCCCAGACAGCCCAGACAGCCCAGACAGGACAGGCCAAACCCGCAGCGCCCACGCCCGUCGCUAUACGCGCGCUCAUGGACCCCGUCGCCCUGAUCCCCGAGCCCGCCGGCCUGACGCCGCUGCAGAAAUCCAUGCGCAGCAAGCUCGCGAGCGCGCGCUUCCGCCACCUCAAUGAAUCGCUCUACACCAAGCCGUCCGCCGACUCGCUCUCGCUCUUCAAAGACGACCCCUCCAUGUUCGAAGACUACCACCGCGGCUUCGCGCAGCAAGUCCAAGUCUGGCCCCAGAACCCCGUCGACGACUACGUCGCCACCAUCCUGGCGCGAGGCUCCAUCAAGCUCGCCAAAGAUCCCUGGCGCGCCCAGCUGCGCGACAAGAAGAAAAAGGGCCCCGUCGCAGCCGCACCCGCAGAGGAAGAAGACCGCGACCGCCCCAUCAUACCCCGCGGAGACAACAAACCACUGCCCCGAGCCCAUGGCGCGAAAUGCCUCAUCGCCGAUCUAGGCUGUGGCGUCGCCUCGCUGUCGUACCGUCUGCAGCCGCACCUGUCGUCGCUGAACAUCGACAUCAAAUCCUUUGACCUCUCGCAGCCCUCCGGGCCAUCACGCUCACUCGUGACAAUCGCCGACAUUUCCGCGCUGCCGCUCAAGGAAAACAGCACAGACAUCGCCAUCUUCUGCCUCGCGCUCAUGGGCACAAACUGGCUCGACUUCAUCGACGAAGCAUACCGCAUCCUGCGCUGGAAAGGCGAGCUGUGGGUCGCAGAGAUCAAGUCGCGCUUCGGACGCGUGGAGAAAAAGAGAGCUAUCCCGAUAAACAGCAUCGGCAGCCUGAACAAAGGCGGCAAGCCGCCGAAGAAGAAAGGGCCCAAGGAGAAGAAAAAAGACGAUGUAGAGGGCAUCGAGGACAGCGCCGACGAGGCGGAGCUCGCGCAGACGGUGGACGGCGCGAGCGCGCCCGAGGGCACCGAUGUCUCGAGUUUCGUCGACGUGCUGCGUGCGCGCGGAUUUGUGCUCGACGCCCUGCCCGAGAGGCCCGGGGACGCGAUUGAUCUCGGCAACAAGAUGUUCGUCAAGCUGCAGUUUGUCAAGGGCGCACAGCCGACCAAGGGGAAGAACGCUGGCACCGAGGGCACGAGCGCGGGCGCCAAGGGCAGCUUCAAGACAAGCAAUGCGCUGAAGAUGGGCAUAAAGGGGAAAAAGUUCAAUGCCGUCAAUGACGAGGACGAGGGGGCGACGGCGAAGAAGGAUGCGGCCGUGCUGAAGCCGUGUCUGUACAAGAUCAGGUAG